CUUCCCUGCCGACCAGCGGAUCGCGGUAGCCGGUGCGAGGCAGACGCCCGGUGCGUCCCCGGAGCGGGGAGGCCUGGCCGGGCAGCCCUGGGGCCGGUCGGGGCGGCGUCACUGCACCCUCCGCCAGGCCCCGCGGGAUGCACCGUGGGCGCCGAGGGCGGAGGCGACAUUCUCAGGGAAUCAUCAUGAGUUGGCUUUUGGAGAUUUUGAAUCUGAUGUGCCUUUGAGAUUUCUGAAUAAGUAGUUUGAUAUGCAGGUAAAUUGGCAAAAUGAGGAGCAGCAAAUCAAAAGAGGUGCCUUUACUAAAUCCAAGGAACUCUCAAAGCAAGGAUACUGUUCAAGCAGAUAGAACCACAUCGUGGGACGCACUUUCUCAGACCAAGGCUGCUCUGAGGCACAUUGAAAACAAAUUAGAAGUAGCUCCUACAAGUACGGCUGUGUUUGAUUCUGUCAUGGAUGCCAAGAAGUCUACAAGUGCUACCCGAAAAAUAAGUAGAAAAGAUGGUAGAUACUUGGAUGAUUCUUGGAGUAAUGCUCCAGCCUCCAAAUCUAAAUCAAGAAAAGAGAAAUCUCGUAGUCCUCUUAGAGCUACCACCCUGGAGAGUAAUGUAAAGAAAAACAAUCGUGUGGAAUUUCGUGAACCUUUGGCUUCUUACAGGGAAAUCCAUGGUACACCUUCCAACUUAAGUCCCAGCCAUGUAGAGUCAAAGCAUGUAUAUUGUAUAGAUGAUGUUAAUGAAGAUACGGUUGAGAGUGGUAACCAGAUGUUAUGCAAUCGAGAACAACAGAAUAUACGUUGUGAUUUUGAGAGCUCUAAAUCAUCUGUCAUGAGUGACACGAUUGUUAGGUUUUUAAAUGAUCGACCAGCAAUUGAUGCAUUGCACAAUUCUGAAUGUUUAAUUAAAAUGGGAGCUAUGAGAACUGAAGAAGAAAUACCUAAUAGAGCAAAAAGAAAUGAAAACAAUUCAAAGCCUUCGGUGAGUCAGAUGGACCUUGAUGUUGAUCCAAAAGUGUUAUGGUUAACAGACUCAUCUCCGUCAUCUACAAGUACUUGUAAUUCCCAAAGAUUAGACAUUUUAAAGCGAAGACAACAUGAUGUCAAGUUGGAAAAACUCAAGGAGCGAAUUAGGAAACAGUGGGAACACUCAGAAGAAAUAAAUGGCCGGGGCCAGAAUCUGGAUCAUGUUAACCAUCCAGUAAUGGUUGUUAAUGUUGAUAGUUCAGUGACAGCAAAAGUCAGGAAAGUGGCAACAGCACCACCUGCUCCAACAUAUAAAGGUUUCAACCCUUCAGAGACUAAGAUUCGCACACCUGAUGGGAAAGUGUGGCAAGAGGCAGAAUUUCAGCACCUGAGUAGAGAACUGUACCGAGACUUAGCACUUCACCUUGCAGAUGAUACCUCUUUAAGAGAGAAACCUGCUGAAAAAAUUAAAGAGAAGAAAGUGGUCAAGCCAGUACGAAAAGUCCAAAAGGUAACACAGUUAUCAAGUCCAGAAUGCAAAACAGGGAAUAGUCAUCUGAUAAGCACCUCUUCUUGGCGAGAUGGACAAAAACUAGUAAAGAAGAUUCUGGGACCUGCACCGAGAAUGGAGCAAAAAGAACGAAGAACAGCAUCAAGUGACAGAAGUGGAAGAGAAAAAGCUAAUAAAUCUGGGGCUCAUAUUGGAAGAGCAGAAUCCGAUCCUAGGUUGGAUGUUUCACAUAGACAUCUUCCUCGCAGCUCAGAACGUUCAAGAAGUAGAACUCGCUCUGAAAAUAAUAUAAAGAAAUCUGCGCCGUCUCUUCUAGACAAUAAGCAAGAGGAUAAUGUUGCCUUAAACAAGGACUUUUUACCUGUUGAAAUUCGUGGAAUUCUUGAUGACCUGCAGCUGGAUUCCACAGCUCAGACUGUGAGGCAAGAGACUGGAGAGAUACAGAAUCCAAAGUUAUCCGCAUCUGUACCAGCUUCUCGGAGUCAUAGCCUAGUGAAAAGAAAACCUGACAAAAUAACAGCUAAUGAAGAUCCCCCUGUCAUUUCCAAAAAGCGCCACUAUGACACAGAUGAAGUACGACAAUACAUUGUUAGACAACAGGAGGAAAGGAAAAGGAAACAAAAUGAAGAGAAGAAGGCUCAAAAGGAGGCUACUGAACAGAAAAACAAACGAUUACAAGAGCUCUACCGGAAACAGAAAGAAGCCUUUACUAAAGCAAAAAAUGUGCCUCCAUCUGAUCCAUCAACAGCUAGGCGACUUCAGGAAACGUACUCCAAACUGCUAAUAGAAAAGACUUUGCUGGAAGAGCCAGCCCAUCAACAUGUUACACAGGAAGCACAGGCAAGACCAGGGUAUCAGCCAUCUGGGGAAUCUGAUAAAGAAAACAAAGUACAGGAGCGUCCCCCAAGUGCAUCUUCCAGUAGUGACAUGUCUCUGUCAGAACCACCACAGCCUCUUGCAAGAAGAGACUUGGUGGACCCUACAUGGAUGCAGCCUGACAGAUUGAGCCCACAAAUUCACAGUUCCCAACCACAGCCUCUUGUUGGAACAGCUGGAAAUUUACUCUCCCAUCUCUUGAAUUUAGAACAUGUAGGAAUUUUGCACAAGGAUUUUGAAUCUAUUUUACCAGCCAAGAAGAGUCAUAAUAUGGCUUCAGGACCAUUAAGUUUUACACCUCAACCGUUUCUGACCUCACCAGCUGUAAAUCCAGAUGCCUUGUUAAAACCUAGUGCCAGUCAAUAUAAGAGUAAACUGGAUCGUAUUGAAGCCUUGAAGGCAACAGCUGCUUCUUUGUCUAGCAGGAUUGAAAGUGAAGCCAAAAAAUUAGCUGGAGCCAACAUUAACUAUGGAUCAGUUUGGAACGCUGAGUUUGAUGUACAGCAAGCACCUCAAGAAGAUGGACCUUGGACCAAAGCUUUAAGUCCACCUGUGAAAGAAGAUACAGAAGAUGUUUUCUCGGCCCGAAUUCAAAAGAUGUUAGGAACCUGUGUAUCUCAUGCAACUUUUGAUGAUGAUCUUCCUGGUGUAGGCAACCUUAGUGAAUUUAAAAAGCUUCCUGAGAUGAUAAGACCUCAGAGUGCCAUAUCAAGCUUCAGAAUGAGAUCCCCUGGUCCCAAACCAGGAGGGCUGCUGGCACAGUUGUGUAAGAGACAGACUGACUCUUCUGGCUCUGAUGUACAAGCUGGUUCUCAAGAAAAAGCCAAAAGAUCUAUUGGCUCCAGCACAGACUCAGUUAGUGAAGGGCCUCUUCUUAGUGAAGGGAGUCUCUCUGAAGAAGAAGGUGGCCAGGAUAGACAGCCUCUUUUGAAGGUAGCAGAAAUCUUAAAAGAGAAAGAAUUUUGUGCUGGAGAAAAAAAUCCUUAUGAGCCCAUCAAAGAGUUUCAGAAGGAAGCUGAGAAAUUUUUGCCACUUUUUGGGCAUCUGGGUGAGAUGCAUAGCAAAGGACCAUGGGAAGAAUUGGCAAAGGGAAGCCCACAUAGUGUCAUUAAUAUUUUUACCAAAUCAUAUCAGCUAUAUGGAAAAGGAGAGAAAAGUAAAGCUGGUUUUGAAGACAGAUUAGAAAGAGGAACAUCAGCAUCACAGCCUUUGAGUGCCCUCACAACCCCUUUAAGCAGUGUUUCAUAUGAAGAUGAUUUUGUCUCCUCUCCAGGGAGUGGAACUUUGACAGAAAAAAAGUCAACUCUUGAAUCUAAUAUUAUUGGUAGCAAUUUAAGCAUUCAAGAGGGCCAUUCUAGCAGAAAACUUGCCUAUGAUGUUUCUUCUACGGAUGUUACUUCUCAGCACUCAUCAGGAGCCCUGUCUGUUGCAUCAUCUCAUUCAUCUACUUCGAAAGGAAAGAAGGGAAAAAAGGAAAAGAUGGAAUGGUUUGAUUCAUUCACUGGAAAUGUUCAGAACUUACUUGAUGAGGAAAAAGUACAAUCUAGUUCAGAAGGUGGCUCCCAUCAAGGAAAGAAAUCUAGGACCAGUGGUAAACUUUCUGCUAAAGAUUAUGAGCAGAUUUUUGACACUGAAAGCACUUUAGAAGAACUUUCUGGGCAUUCUGUGAGUGGCUCAUCAGACAAGGGAAGAUCUCAGAAAACUCCAACUUCACCUCUAUCCCCAAGUUCUCAGAAAUUGUUACAGUGUGACCUUCCAGGAUCUUCAGUAGAGAGAUCUAAGUCUCCAGUCGUGAUACCUACAACUACAACAGGAUUGAAGUCCACUGCAGCUUUCACUGAUACAAACAAAACAGAGGCGGCUGCAACACCAGGUUCUAAGCGUUUUUCUCCUGCUGGCCUCCAGCAUCGUAUGGCAGCAGAACUCAAUUAUCUGAGUGCUAUUGAGGAGUCUGUGCGACAGCUGUCAGAUGUGGAAAGAGUUAGAGGCAUUUCACUUGCUCAGCAGGAGAGUGUUUCUCUGGCUCAGAUCAUAAAGGCUCAACAGCAACGCCAUGAGAGAGAUUUGGCUCUAUUGAAACUGAAGGCUGAACAAGAAGCUCUAGAGUGUCAGAGACAGUUAGAAGAAACUCGAAAUAAAGCAGCUCAGGUCCAUGCAGAAUCAUUACAGCAGGUGGUUAAAUCACAGAGGGAAGUGACUGAAGUCCUCCAAGAAGCAACUUGUAAAAUAGCAGCUCAGCAAACUGAGACUGCUCGCCUUACCACAGAUGCAGCUCGCCAGAUCUGUGAGAUGGCAGAAUUAACUCGAACUCAUAUCUCAGAUGCCAUCACUUCUUCUGGAGCUCCCCUAGUGACACUGUAUGACCACCAGCGGCACCACCUUCCAGACUUCAUGAAACAGCUUAGAACCAGAGCUGAAUCAGACAGGAUAAGUCAGUCUGUUUCAGUCUCUCAGAGUAAAGGAGGAACCAUUGAUUCAAAACAUCAGAAAUAUUCCCCUUCAUAUGAUAACUAUUCUGAGUCUUCAAGAUACAAGAGUCAUGAUCGAAGAAGUAGUAAUGGUAGCAGCUUUCAAGAAAGUCCUUCAGUUCCAUCUUGUAAGGAAAAUGACAAGAAAUUUCACGGUGAAAAGAUGGAGAGUUCCAUUGAUGAACAUCUUCAGACUGCUGCAGAUGAUUCUUUGCAAAGUGAUAGCAUUCCAUCUCUUCCUGAUGAGAAAGAUUCAACUUCUAUUGCAACAGAAUAUUCUCUGAAAUUUGAUGAAUCCAUGACAGAAGAUGAAAUAGAAGAAAAAUCAUUUCGAUCUUUAUUACCUUCUGAGAGCCAUCGCAGAUUUAACAUGGAAAUGAAAAGAAGCCAUCAUGAUGACUCUGAUGAAGAAGCCUCCCCAGAAAAGACUACACUGUCUUCUGCCAAGGUGUGCUUUUAUUUACCCGUGGAGGAUCUGAGUAUGCCAUUCUCAGGAGGACAAGAUAGCUUUUCUAAGUUUACUAUGGAAAUGGUUCGACAGUAUAUGAAAGAAGAGGAAAUGCGUGCAGCUCACCAGUCUUCACUUUUGCGGCUCCGAGAAAAGGCCUUGAAGGAAAAAACUAAGGCUGAAUUAGCCUGGCUAGAACAUCAAAAAAAACAUCUAAGAGACAAAGGAGAGGAUGAUAAAAUGCCCCCACUCAGGAAGAAACAGCGUGGAUUGCUUUUAAAGUUACAGCAAGAAAAGGCAGAAAUAAAACGUCUUCAAGAAGCCAAUAAGGCAGCUCGUAAGGAAAGACAACUCAUUCUUAAGCAGCAAGAAGAGAUAGAAAGGAUCCGACAGACCACCAUAAAAUUGCAGGAAAAGUUGAAGUCUGCAGGGGAGAAUAAAUUGGACUCUCACAGUGAUGAUAAUGCAAGGGAUAUCAAGGCAGUUAGUCCUGGUCCAACAGAUAUAGAGACCCGCAGUCCUUCUCCCAUUUCAAUCUCCAGCAGUGAAACUAGCAGCAUCAUGCAGAAACUAAAGAAAAUGAGAAGCCGCAUGGAUGAAAAGUUUCUGACAAAGAGAGAGCAAAAACUAAUGCAACGGCGACAACAUGCAGAAGAGCUCUUAGAGUGGAAACGACGUUUAGAUGCAGAAGAAGCAGAAAUUCGUCAAAUGGAAAAACAGGCUUUGGCCGCCUGGGACAAAGAACUAAUAAAACCCAAAACUCCUAAGAAAGAACUGGAAAGCCAGAGAACAGAACAGAAAGACAUAGUGAGUGAAGAGGAAUCUCCAGUACCUUCCUAUUCUCACCGAAACAGUGAAAGCAGUAUUCCAGAAGAGUUAGGCAGCCCUGCUGUUCUGUAUAUACCAUCUGAGGCAGGAGUACAGGAGCAGCCAGGGAGCCCAGAUCGUAGUGUACUUACUGAAGAAAUGGUUUGUUCACAGGAAUUAGAAUCUUCUACCUCUCCUAGUAAACAUUCACCUCCCAAAAGCUGCGCAUCUGUGUCAAAGCAGGACUCCAGCAAGGGAAGUCAUCGGACUGGAGGACAACACCGUCUGACCGCAAAGUCCCAUCAGCACUGUUAUAGUUGGUCAGAUGAGUCAUUGUCUAUGACACAGUCAGAAACUACAUCUGACCAAAGUGACAUUGAAGGUAGAAUCAGAGCUCUGAAGGAUGAGCUGCGGAAAAGAAAAUCAGUUGUGGACCAGUUGAAGAAGGAACAGAAAAAAAGACAAAAGGAAAGACUAAAAGCCCAAGAAGCCAGUCUGCUCAAACAAUUAGAGUCAUAUGAUGAAUUCAUUAAGAAAACUGAAGCUGAGCUUAGCCGAGAUUUGGAAACAUCACCAACAGCCAAACCGCAAAUUAAAACUCUCUCUUCAUCUUCUGAUAAACCUAAGAUCAAGCCUCUUCCACUACACAGAUCUGAAACAGUAAAAAACUGGAAGUCCCUAACUGAAUCAGAACGCUCUAGAGGAUCCUUAGAAUCUAUUGCUGAACAUGUUGGUUCUGACAGAGCAGUAUCAGAAAAGUCUUUGUCUGCAUACGCAAAGAGAAUGAUUGAGUUGGACAAUUUAACAGAGGAACAUUUGCAGACUUCAUAUUCAGUUCAUACAUCAUCAAGGAGUCCCCGAGCAGAAUCUGGAGAUUCUCUAGAAAAUGCACCUUCUCAUCCUUUCCACAAGGAAUUAAGUGUCCCUAGUAGAAUUCUUGGUAUGUCAGAUGCUACAGUUGAAGAAUCUGCUCAAAAAUCAGACAUUCAAGAAGAAUAUACAAAAUUGGAGAAGAGUGAAAUUGAAGAUACCUAUUCUAAACAUUCUGGGAAAUCUGAUGUCCUACUAAAGCUUGAUAUGAAACCAGGAGACUCUUCUAAAAUUCUUUCCAGAAAAGAUCUCUCAGAUUCUGUAAAUGGUCCAAAUGAGUUGGUUAGGAAAGAAGAAAUGUUGAAAGAUAGACAGUCAGAUAAAGAUAAGGAUCAUAGUCAAGACAACCAGUCAGGAAAAGACACUCCUGAACAAAAGAAUGAAAAGGAAAGGAACUCAUCCUUGUCAGAACAUCUCUUUGUUCCUAAAGCAUUGUCAGACUCUGAAGAUUUUGAAGUGUCUUCUUUCAAGAAAGAAAUUUCAGCUGAAUUGUAUAAAGAUGAUCCUGCAGUGUCAGCUUUGUUAUCUCUUAGGAAGGACUCUCAGACUUGCAGAGAUAAGUCAGGGUCAAGUAGGAGCUCUAGAAGCAGAGCCACUGGGUUUGGUAGUGAUGAUGAAAUCAGUGAGUGCUUAAGUGAGAAGAGCCUUUCCAUUCACAGCAAUGUCCAUUCUGAAAGGCUGUUGGAACUCAAGUCUCCUACUGAGCUGAUGAAAAAUAAGAAGCGCAGCGACGUGGAACAUGAACAGGGAGUUACUGCAUCUCUUUCCUUGGCUGCAGUUCAUGUGGCAGAUGAGUUACUUGAUUUCCACAUUGGUGAUAGGGUAUUGAUUGGCAAUGUUCAGCCAGGAACUCUUCGAUUCAAAGGUGAAACUAGUUUUGCUAAAGGAUUUUGGGCUGGAGUGGAGUUAGAUAAACCUGAAGGAAAUAACAAUGGAACAUAUGAUGGCAUUGUGUAUUUUGUGUGUAAAGAGAAGCAUGGUAUUUUUGCUCCUCCUCAAAAAAUAUCUCGAAUUGCUGAAAAUUUUGAUGAGUAUAUAGAAAUAAAUGAAGAUGAAGAUUCUUAUUCAGAAGAACAAUAUCACUUUUAUAAUGAAGAACAAAAAUAUGCUGAAAUUCUAAAGGAUAGUGAAAAAGAUGCAGUUGAGUAUUUUUGUGAGAAAUCUCUACCUGGUAUGUAUGAUGGAGAAGCCUCAGUGGACAGAGAUAGAAGCCUUAAAAUAGAAACGGACAAUGUGCGGGACAUUUCUGGAAUCAUUGAAGCCCAUGUUCACAAACAAUCCUCAGCAGAUUCACUGAGUUCUUUAAAAGAAAACAAAGACCUUGUUUCUAGUGCCAUAGAAAAGGUCUCCAUUGCUGCAGAAGAUGAUACUUUAGACAAUACCUUUUCUGAAGAAUUGAUAAAACCACAGCAACUUACAGAAAAAGAAGAAGAAAAUCUGUAUUCUGAAGUUUUGGAAAAGCCUUCUACCCCACUUCUGGAUCUUUUAACAAGAGAAAAAGAACAACUAGAAUCCCAACUGAGGUCAUCACUGAGUGAGGAAAAAAAGUCAAAGCAACAAACAGAAACAGUCAGCUUACUGACAGACUGUUUACUAAAAGUCUUUGUGAAGGAUACAGUUAGUCAACUACAACAAAUCAAGAAAACUAGGAAUGAGAAAAUCCAACUUAGCAAUCAGGAGUUCCUUGACGAUGAUCAAAACAAAGUACUACCCCAGGACCCAUCUCAAAAUCUUGAGGAACAAUCAUCCAGUAUUCCAAGUUGCUUUUUAAGGUCUGAAUUAGAAGAUGAAAAAGAAGAGAUUUCCUCUCCAGAUAUGUGUACGAGACCUGAAAGCCCAGUGUUUGGUGCCAGUGGGCAGGAAGAGCUUGCUAAAAGACUUGCUGAACUAGAGAUCAGCCGGGAGUUCCUGAACACAUUAGGAGAUGAUCAAGAUUGGUUUGAGGAAGAUUUUGGGUUGAGUUCUUCUCACCGGAUUCAGAAAAAUAAAGCUGAAGAAACAAUUGUACCUCUCAUGGCAGAACCUAAAAGAGCACCCCAAAAGCCAACUGAGACAUUAUUGGCAGUCCCACAUACUUCAGAGGAAGUAGAAAUUCUUGUUCAUAAUGCAGCAGAAGAACUUUGGAAAUGGAAAGAAUUAGGCCGUGACCUUCAUAGCAUCAGUAUUCCUACAAAACUGCUUGGCUGUGCCAGUAAAGGUCUCGAUAUAGAAAGCACUAGUAAAAGAGUCUACAGACAGGCGGUUUUUGAUUUAACAAAAGAGAUUUUUGAGGAAAUAUUUGCUGAGGACCCCAAUUUGAAUCAACCUAUCUGGAUGAAGCCAUGUAGAAUAAACUCUAGUUACUUCCGACGGGUGAAAAAUCCAAAUAACCUUGAUGAAAUCAAGAACUUCAUUGCAACUGAAGUACUCAAAUUGUUCAGUCUUAGAAAGGAGCCAAACCACAAAACAGAUUGGCAGAAAAUGAUGAAAUUUGGAAGAAAGAAAAGGGACCGCGUAGAUCAUAUCCUGGUACAGGAGCUCCAUGAGGAGGAGGCACAGUGGGUGAACUAUGAUGAGGACGAGUUGUGUGUGAAGAUGCAGCUGGCUGAUGGGAUCUUUGAGAACUUGAUCAAAGACACUAUUGAUACUCUGAAUCAGAUCAGUGAAAAACAGGGGAGAAUGCUACUUGUGUGACAUCUUGCAAAUAAACCGAACACUGAGUGCUAAUAUGAGUCCUGGGCCUUUCUGCCUUCUGAUACACACCCCAUCUCCAUGAUAGCAAGAGUACUUCUGGACUUUGUACCUGUUCUUAUGGACUGCUUGUGUGGAAUUCAUGGGACAAUGCAGUAUUUCAACCUUGUCUUUACAGAGUGACCACUGGAUUGUUGGGUGUUCUCAGUGGGCAGGGUAACACUCCUGAUGUUCAUCCUAAACCUCAUGUUACCAUGCUACUAGAUCUCAGGUGAGGGCUGGGAUUACCAGACUUACCUUUGAGCAUAGACAAGGGUAUUGUUUCCUCGAGCAUGAAGUCAGGAGAGGGUAUAUCGAUAAAUUCAUCAUUAACUGUUUGAAAUGUAUUCAUGGUCUCUACCACAAAGUCAUAAAUGGGUAGUAUAGUCUCUAAACAGUAUUAAACCCUAACUACUUCUAAACUAGGCAAAUUCAAGAUUUCUCUGCCUAUUUCCUGUUCCAGAGUUUAGCUCAUUUCUUUUGGAAGCCCAUUUUCUUUAUUAUCACAGUUAAGCAGCACCAAAUGGGCCAUCAAGUAGCCUUGUUUCUGAGCAGAAUGUAAAGAACUGUGACUCUUGGCACUGUGUUCAGUUUUCUCUCUGGGCAUGAGAUCAGAGAAUGCCCGCACUGAGGUUUAGGCUCCAGGACUGCUGCAGGGCUGCCUCCUCUCCCCAUUCUCACCCCUGCUCUUUUCUUACUCGUCCUGAACCUCUACCAGCUGCUCUCAGAAUCACAGAUACUCAGGACCAUCUCAGGCAUCCAGGCAUGGCAAAAGUGGAAAUCAUUCAUUUUGGCCUUCAAACCUUCAACUCCCAUUUCUCCCCAAGAAGUCAGAGAUGCUGUUACUUGAAUGAUUUAGGAAAUGAGUGUGUGCACCAAAGACAAAAAAGACACUGUCUAGAGUUUGUGUGCUUGUUUUGUGCUUGGAACAUUUUUUAAUUUAUUUUCAGGUAAAUUAUUAAAUUGAAAAUGUGUGUCCCUGUUCAGAAGUGAAAAGUUCUUGUAAUAGUUAAACCUCCGUCUUGAAGCUUCUAUGGUUCCUAGUCUUUGCACAGGAAAACAGUGGUUUUAACCAACCCAUACACAUCAAAGAAGUCAGUUCAAUUCAGUGAGUGAAAGAACAUGAGUUUCCAGCAUGACCUGCAGUCGCAAAAGCAGGAGGAAAUGAUAGAAAGACACGAUAAAGUGUACUCCCGCCUCUCUGCAGCAUUGCUUCUCACAACUCUUACCUGUAUCUGAAAAAAAUCUUUAGAAUCCAGCUGCUACAUUAGAGCACAGCAGAUGCCCUCGUGGACCUCAGUACCUGCCUUCCUGACUGGCUUCUCCUCCCAGUCCAGUCCCUCUUCAAGUAAUCCAGAAGAAUGUGGAUAAUCUUAGGCGUGAAUGUAAAUGCCUUAAUCUUGAAGGUCUUGAUUAGAAGCAUGAUAUAAAACAUCCACUGGAUUCAUACUUAUAAAUGUUCUGGAAUGUUAUAGCUUCAAAAUGUUAGAAAAACCCCAAAGAUGGUAAAAUCUUUAAUUGUGCACAUUUGUCCAUUUCUGCAUCUUCCUUCCAAACUUGCCUUUGCGUCUGAAAUGUCUCACUAUGCACACUUCCAUUCUUUACAGCUUCAUCCUGUCAUUAUAAGAAACUUACUGAAAUAAUCAUUGGACUAUUUGCAUUUUGCACAAUGACUGGUGUGAAUAGCUCUUGACAAAUAAGGAAAGCACUGAAAUGUUGUGAUUGAGUCUCGGGAAAUGCUCAGAUUGAUGUGUUACCAGCAUCUCUUCCGAGCCAUUGAUGUUGAGCUAUAGUCUUGUAGCCAUAAUGAGCAAGUUGACUAGAAGAAGCAAAGGUUUCUUGGGGUUAUUAACUAGUAGUGUGGAAAUAUUCUUUUCAUGUGGCCAAGGAAAAGCAAAGAUGUUUCUUUUCAGUUCAUAUUUGAAAGACAGAAAAUAUGUUGUCUACAUCCUUUGGCUGUUUGUAGGAUCACAUUGUCCUUAUGAUUCUGAAACUUUACAGCUGCUAUAAAUUUUUUAUAAAUGAAUAUCAAAAUAGUAUAAUAGGAAUAUAGGUUGUUUUUCUACAUCUUCAUUGUUUGGAACUAAAAUCAGUUUUUAAUAAGAUAGUUUAUCUUUACUGUUUAUAUAACAUUAUGAUUCCAGAAAAGGAAAAUAUACUGAUAGGUGUGGAAUCAGCAAUCUGGUAAGACUUGCUGCUAGAAAUGUGGUGGCAGCAGCCCUAGCCUAUUACAGCUGUCUUUAUCAUUCGAGCAUCCUGGGUUCCAUUGAGAGGCAGGAAUGGAUUAAUUUUAUUCUUCACCAGAAAUUGUUAUCCAUAGUUUGGUAGUGAAAACAAAAACAAAAACCGGUAUUGUAUCUAACAGGUUUCUUAAUAUUUUAAGUAUUUGGAUCUAAUUGAGAUGGAUUUCUAGUGAGGAGUAGGAAUGAUAAAUACUGAAACCUAACCACUCAUUCCCUAUUGGGAUCUUUUGAAUCAAACUCUGCCUCUUAACCAAGAACCUAAAUAUUCCCUCUUUCUAAUCUUUACUCCCUUUUUCCCUAAACCCAUCCUCUUUCAGUCUUUCUUCAUAAUCCUCUAAGAAAAAAGGUCUUUACAUCAGCAGUAAUAUCUUUUAGAAUAGCACUAUCAGAAUUUAGUCGUAAACCAACUUGUAGGCUUCAGAUUUACUUCUGAGUCCAAAAUAAUUUGUGCUAUCCAGGGCAGUUAACUCUGGGUUAAAUAAGUACAGGGUAUAGAUUCCCUUUUCAGGUCUAAACAGGAAUUUUUACUGUAGGGAAAAGUGGGAAGAGCUCAAAAGUAGUUAAUAAGGAAGGUAAUUUGUUUUUCUUUUACCUAAAAGAAAAGAAAAUUCCUUCUGUGACUACAGGUCUCUGAGAAAUUAUCUUUCAAGAGAUUUUAUUGCUCAUAAAGAGUGUUGUGGCCUAUUGAUAAAAACAAUUUUGUUCACUUUCUUGUCUUGAAAAAAAAGUGGCCUUAGCUUUUUGCAAUACUUGAAUAAAGUGUGUACUCGCAAAAGAAUUUCUGUAGCACAGCAUUAGAGACUCAUAACUUUUCUGCAAGAAAUUCAAACUUACAUCUUCCUUUUACUACCUUAAGAAUACUAGUGAAUAAAAUAUUAAUUCAAAGAGCAAGUGGUAGAAACUACAAUGAUGUUUAAUGCAAAUUGUAGGAAUUUACAUGUUUACAAAUCAUCUUAAACUGGUUGUGCAGCAAUUCAAUAAAAUAUCUUUGUAUUUUAAAAAAUGUGAAGAAAAAUGUAAACUGAUGUAAAGGAGGUACUGUCAUUUUAAUUAACCUAUAUUUAAUAGCUUUUCCUUCUGGACUUUGCAAAGCCUUCUUGGUAAACACAUUGCAAAGCAUUACCUGGGAGGCUCAGCCUCCUCGUGUGUACUGUACUGUGCAGACAUGAAAAAUAAACCCGUUUACUGUGUAUGUGUAAAUAGCCUGGCCGGCAGGCCAUUUCCAGCCAAUAGUCACAUCCAGUGCAGCUCUGCACAGGAGACUAAGGGUGUGGUUUGUAAGUAUGAGCUGUAAAAUAACUGGGAUGAAUUCCCAUGUACACCUGUGUAAAUAGAUUUGUUAACUAAAAUGUACUUUAAGAUAAAAAUCUGUAAAUAAAUGAUUUAUAAAUU